GGCUCCCUUCGCCGUUUCCGCCAAAGCUGUCCUUCACAUGAAACAUGGCUUCUAUACGUUUGGCUUCAAGUCUCCUUUCCAAAAGGAUAUUAUCCUCCAAAACUAACGCUGCCUCUCUUGGUGCUACCAAAUGUUCCCGGGACUUUCAUUUUUCGAUUUAUGGCAAGAAGAACAAUGCCAAAGUGUCAAAUGAUAUUUCCACCCAGUACCCUGUGGUGGACCAUGAAUUCGAUGCAGUGGUCGUCGGGGCCGGUGGAGCAGGAUUAAGAGCAGCCUUCGGUCUAUCUGAGGCUGGGUUCAACACAGCCUGUAUAACCAAGCUCUUCCCCACCAGGUCGCACACAGUUGCUGCACAGGGUGGCAUCAAUGCAGCUCUUGGGAACAUGGAGGGGGAUGACUGGAGAUGGCAUUUCUACGACACUGUAAAGGGAUCCGAUUGGCUUGGAGACCAGGAUGCUAUUCACUACAUGACAGAACAGGCCCCCGCUGCUGUAGUGGAGCUGGAGAACUUCGGCAUGCCGUUCAGCCGUACCGAGGACGGCAAGAUCUACCAGAGAGCCUUCGGGGGUCAGAGUCUCAAGUUCGGCAAGGGAGGCCAGGCCCACCGCUGCUGCUGUGUGGCCGACAGGACAGGACACUCCCUGCUGCACACACUCUACGGACGGUCCCUGCGUUAUGACACCAGUUACUUUGUGGAGUACUUCGCCCUGGACCUGCUGAUGGAGGACGGCGAGUGUAAAGGCGUGAUCGCCCUCUGCAUGGAGGACGGCUCCAUCCACCGCUUCCGCUCCAAGAACACCGUCAUCGCCACCGGGGGUUACGGUCGCACCUUCUUCAGCUGCACCUCCGCCCACACCAGCACAGGGGACGGUAACGCCAUGGUGACCAGGGCUGGCCUGCCCUGCCAGGACCUGGAGUUUGUGCAGUUCCAUCCCACCGGUAUCUAUGGCGCGGGCUGCCUGAUCACAGAGGGUUGCCGUGGCGAGGGCGGAAUCCUGAUCAACAGCGAGGGGGAGCGCUUCAUGGAGCGCUACGCGCCCAACGCCAAAGACCUGGCCUCCCGCGACGUCGUCUCCCGCUCCAUGACCAUCGAGAUCCGAGAGGGCAGGGGGGUGGGACCCGAUAAGGACCACGUCCACCUCCAGCUGCACCACCUCCCGCCCCAGCAGCUGGCCACCAGGCUGCCGGGCAUCUCGGAGACGGCCAUGAUCUUCGCCGGGGUGGACGUCACCAAGGAGCCCAUCCCCGUGCUGCCCACGGUGCACUACAACAUGGGCGGCGUGCCCACCAACUACAAAGGACAGGUGAUCACUCACUCCGACGGCGUGGACCAUGUGGUGCCGGGCCUGUACGCCUGCGGGGAAGCGGCCUGUGCCAGUGUCCACGGGGCCAACCGCCUGGGCGCCAACUCGCUGCUGGACCUGGUGGUGUUCGGCCGAGCCUGCGCCCUCACCAUCGCCGAGGAGGACAAGCCCGGAGAGCAGCUGUCCCCGCUGAAGCCCAACGCAGGGGAGGAGUCCGUGGCCAACCUGGACAAGCUCCGCUACGCCGACGGAUCCAUGAGGACGUCGGAGAUCAGGCUCAACAUGCAGAAGACGAUGCAGAACCACGCCGCCGUGUUCCGUACCGGCUCCGUCCUGAAGGAGGGCUGUGACAAGCUGGACGCCGUGUACCAGACCCUGGACGACAUCAAGACCUUCGACCGAGGCAUCGUGUGGAACACAGAUCUGGUGGAGUCCCUUGAGCUGCAGAACCUGAUGCUGAACGCCACCCAGACCAUCCACGGUGCCGAGCAGAGGAAGGAGAGCAGGGGGGCACACUCCCGAGAGGACUUCAAGGACCGUAUGGACGAGUACGACUACACCAAGCCUCUGCAGGGCCAGGAGAAGAAACCCUUCGAGGAACACUGGAGGAAGCACACGCUUUCCUACGUUGACCCAAAGACUGGCAAGGUCACUCUGGAGUACCGCCCUGUGAUUGACACCUCCCUAGACGAACAGGCUUGUGCUGCCAUUCCCCCCGCCAUCCGCUCCUAUUAAGCCCCCCACCCAAACACACAUCAUCCCUCCGCUUUGUCCUCAAGCACAGCAUCUCAUAACUCAACUACCUAUUCAGCUAUUAAACGUCCCUUUGGAAAUGUACUCCUGAGCUAACUUAUGAUUUUGCUUUAAUUUUUGCUCCUACUCUUUGACGGUUUGUAUCAUUCUGAUAUAUAUGCCUUUUUAAUUUAAAAGCUUUCAGCGGCAGAUACUGAAAUGAUUGUGGCUGUACCCCCAUUCUAACGGUAAACAGUGGAACGGUAUUCAUCUUUGAUUCGUAAAUCUACCAUUGAUCGUGAAUGGUAGACACAUCAGCUGUUUUUGUAAGGUGUUGGUUUCCUUUGAUUUGCUGUUUCAUGGAAAGGGAUUGCUAAUAACAUCUUGCCAAUGUUUGUUCUUUGAAAUGCACGCUGAUGGUGUUGUGAGUAUUGUUGAUUUAGUGUAAAUAUCUGACAUAGUGUCAUAUGACAAUGUAGGGGGUAGAUUUCUCUCAGUCACUAUUGCCUUCUGUGCGUUGUGUAACGCAACAAAUUGCUGUGCAUGCAUGCUCUAAGGGACAACAAGCUCAUUGUUGAUAUAUAUAUAUAUAAAAUAAGACUUUGUUUUGACAUUAUAUAAACAAGUUGUGUUAAUGUCUGAAUUUAAUUUUUUUGUCUGGCAUGUUGAUUAUUUCUUCGCAAAUAUUUGUACUUAAAUGUUGAAUAAAGGGAACCCUACACUUUGAGGUCAAGGGUCGAUAUGACUUGUAGUACCCGCACAUAUCACAAGGGGGCAUCAAAUAAUAACAAUUGGUUUGUCGUGGUUCCCUAAUUUGACCGCCAAAUUGCAUUUCAUCUCAUUUAGGUCUCAUUUAUUGACCGAUCCAUAACUGCGUUCACACCAAAAGCUGUAAAGCGUUUUGAGCUAUAAGCCCCCAUUGACUUUUUAUUAGACAUGAGCGAUAAAGCGAUUGGAGCGAUAACUUUAAAGCUGAAGCUGUAAAUGAGAGUUGAAAACAGCUCAACUCUAUGCAAAUGAGCUAGUAGCGUUUCGGCUGUAAAUGGGCGCCAGCCAAUCGGAUUGUAGAUGUCUCUCGUCGGCGUGGGUCCCAGUAAACACACGCGAGAAAACGCAAGAGCGAUAUGAGCUGUAAAUAUUUUGGACGGCGUUUUUUUUUUUUGGGCGAUUUUGCAGUUAGGUCUCAUUUAUUGACCGAUAUAAUCGCACUUUCUUUUCUGAGUGUGAAGUGCAGGAGCAGGAAGAUGAGAACCUUGCACUAUCAGAUUAGGUCACCACUUUAGGACUAAUCUCACUCUAAUCUCACUCUCUUUGACUCCGUCAAAGAGAUGAUUUGAGUCCGCCCUCGCAUGGAAUUAAUCAUUUCGUUGCAAAAGGUAUUUCUCUUGUGAAAUGGACUGAAAAUACCUCGCUUGAUAGAAUGCUAGGACCAGGCGGUGUCGGUUUAUGGAAUAUCUCAAAUGGUCGAGUAGGCUAUGGACCUCCACCAAAUGUCUCUAUUAUUGGCAAUGUAAAAGCUCUAAACUUUCGGGGCCAAGCAGUCGAAGGGGGCGUGUCACAGAAAUAUUCAUAACUUCCCAUCGAUUUGCGCCCUCAAAAAAGAUACUGAAAGGUCACAAAAUCGGUCUGUCUGUUAACAAUAGUGCCUACCAAGGUUGGUUACAAUUCAUGGUUGAUUGUGAAAUAGUAGGCCUAAUUGCAAGUAGAAUAGCCUAAAAGUAUAAUUAUAGAGUAUAUUUUGGUACUGUUGACGCCAAAACAUGACAAAGAAGUCUAUUCAUGGGGACUUUUAAGAACAUUCACAUGAAUUGCCAUUAACGAGUAUUCCACGCAUACGUUUUUUAAUAGUAGAAAAUGUUGGUGAAAGCAGACAUUAGAAAACAUACCCCCCGCCCCCUUAACUUGGUAGAAUCAAACCAA